AAACUUUGAUCUAGAAAGCAAUAAAGUUUUGGCAUAAUUUUUGUUUUAAUGUAUAAGGAAUAAUUUUAAUUAAGUGCAAAGGAUUUAAUUUGAAUGAGGAAAAAUUGAUGCCGAAGAUAGAAGGGUCCAUGUUUACUUAAGAUUAAACAUUUUUCGGGAUAUAGAUCCAAAGAGGGUAUGGUAUGAUCCUGAAAAACAUUUAUUCUUAAAUAAACCGGGACUCCUUCAUGUGUUCUAGCAUCAGUUUUUCUUUGUUCUUCCAAUGGAGUCGCACGAUACAUAUAAUUAUUUAAUUCAGAGCUUCUAAUGCAUGCUGCUUAAUUACUGCUGAUUUUCUUAAUCUGCUUGUGUGUUGCUGUUUGUUUUAACACAUUCACAAAUAUAUUAAUCCUGUGUUCACAUUAAUUGAGAAUUAACAAGGGAAAGCAAAAGAUUCUGGAUCAGAGAUUCUAAAAUAAAUUUUACAUAAAAUACGGAAAUUAUUUUUAAAAUUUUACGAGAUUUUAAUUUUCAAUACUCUUAAAUAGUAGAAGUAAUAAUUUGUGGUUUCGAAUGUAUCUUUAGAGUUUCUUUUCCAGAAGAACUAGCAUGUGCAUGUGCAUGUCAAAAGUUGUUUGACGUAAGCGUCAAAUAGCUUUUGAAAAAUUUCUUGUACUAAAAUCAGUUAUUUAAAUAUCGGAUAUUUAUAUUUUACAGGGCACGUCUAGCGAUUUGGUGGUACAGGUUGUUCUUAUAGCAGAGAGCAUGAGAUUACAGGCAAUGAUGGCCACUUACGGUAUUCAGACGCAGACGCCUCACGAAGUAGAACCCGUUCAGAUCUGGCCUCCCAGUCAAUUAGUCAAAGUUUAUGAAUUUCUUGGGGUGACGAGGAAGCUCGGUUUAAAGGGAAGACCACCACGUCCGAUUGGCGCACUAGGCACAAGCAAGCUUUAUAGAAUAUGUGGUCAAACAGUUAUUUGUUAUCCAUUAAUAUUUGAAGUUAGUGAUUUUUAUCUGUCUCACGAUAUGGCUCUUCUGAUUGAUGACAUUAAAAAUGAACUGCAUUUCGUGGGCAAGUAUUGGAGAAUGUCUGGUAGACCAACAGUCUGCAUUUUGAUCAGGGAAGAACACAUGAGAGAUACACACUUUAAAGAAAUGCUGGAUCUAUUGGCAAUGUUCAAGAAGGGUCACUGUGACGGAUUAAAGAUUCGUACCGGUAGACUUCAAAAUCUUAUAUCAUCGUCUUGUAUAGAACAUCUUGACUUUCUUCAUUUACUACCACCCGAUAUUAUUCCAAAAUUUGAAGCAUUUCAGCAGUUAGAGCAUACUUCAAUUGGAUAUCAAAGUUUAACCGAUAUUCCUAAAGCAAUAAUUUAUAGCGAACCUACUUACAAUUUUGAGGAGUUCACACACAAAUCUACUAAAGAUAUUCUGGAUGCCAUUUCUCAAACCGAUACCCUUCACGGACAGAGUCAGCUAUUAGGCAUUCUUUGGUAUCGCGAAGGACCACAGUUUUGGGUGGAUGGAAUAACAGUAAAGGAAAGACUUGAAAAACUAACGAGGCAGGCUGGAGCUCUCAGGCAUUGGUCUGUAGUACGUUACUGUUCUAGCGUUCUGGAGAAAAUGGUCGAUAGCAUCAGUCCUUACAUUACGUCAACCCUAGUCAGCGGCAAACAGAUUACAGUUGGUAUUUUCGGUCACGAAGAAGUGGUCAUCGAUCAUCCUCUAACUCCCAAAGAAGUAAAAGGCAUUAUAUAUGGUCAGUGUCAGCAUCAUGAUAUUUAUCAAGCAGUUCUUCAACAAGAAAUUAUUCUCUAUAUCGGAAGACUCAUUUCUACGUCACCGCAUCUGUUUCAUGGCAUUUUGAAACUCAGAGUGGGCUGGAUUAUUCAAGCCAUGAUUCUUUAUUUGAAAUUCCUGAAUGAGAAUCCUCCAGCGUUACACAGUCUUUCUCCUAGCGAUUUACGAAAAGUCCUUUUUAAAGUGCUUGAAACGUCAGAUAAUGUUGCAUCUAAUAAAAUGACAGCUCAUCAACAGCGACAGAUCGAAGGUGCUCUGUGUCGCGUUCCUAGGAAUUUCUACGACAGGGUUUGGGACGUCAUGACUCGUACGCCGUCGGGUAUUAUUGUUGCGGGCCAUCAUUUGCCACAGCAACCGACACUCUCGGAAAUGACGGUUUACGAAUUAAACUUCGCUCUUCAGGUAGAGAUGCUGUUGAACAGAAUUUCGGCACCCGAAUACAGGCAGAUACUGGUUGAAUUGAUAAUGGUUGUGUACCUGGUACUGAAGAGGAAUCCCGAAUUGUCCUUUGGCGAUCCCGUCGAUAUGGAUAAGCUCGUCCACGAGUCAUUCGUCACGUUCAUAAAGGACAGACCGCAAGAAAUAGCCGAAAAUAGUUCGGAUAUGACCCCGUUCUAUAACGCUCCUUCCAAGAUAACGGCCAGUUAUCUGGCUCGAGCAGUGAUGCACAACCUGUUGAAGUAUGGACCCAGUCAUAUCGAUACCAGAGAGAUGUGCCACAUAUCUUAAGCCGUAAAUGCCCGUAGUUUAUAAAGUUUUAAUGGUUUCUAAACCCCC